GCUGCUGACGCGGACAGCGGCUGUGUGUGACAGUCUUUUCCCAUUUGAAGGACUGUGGAUGUACAAAUCACCAUGUUGCUUUGGAUUGUAGUUUUGGCGGCGAUCGCAAGAAUAGACUGUUAUUUUUCGGAAGAGAAACAUCCCGAAGAGUCGAAAAUGCAGCCGCCUACGGUUGUGAUUGCAGUCAUUGCGCGGAACUCUGCUCACUCGCUGCCAUACUAUCUCGGGGCUCUGGAGAGACUCGACUAUCCCAAAGAUCGCAUCUCGAUAUGGGCAGCGACAGAUCACAACAUUGACAACACCACUGCGGUCCUGCGGGAAUGGCUGACCAUCAUGCAGAAGUUCUACCACUAUGUGGAGUGGAGGCCAAUGGAGAAACCCACGUCUUACCCUGGGGAGAUGGGGCCCAAACACUGGACCAACGGCAGGUACGAGUAUGUAAUGAAGCUCAAACAGGCUGCGCUCAACUUUGCCAAGAGACGCUGGGCAGACUACAUCCUGUAUGCAGACACUGACAAUAUCCUGACUAACCCAGACACGCUCAGCCUCUUGGUGGCUGAGAACAAGUCUGUCAUUGCUCCCAUGCUGGACUCACAGACUUACUACUCCAAUUACUGGUGUGGCAUAACUCCACAGGGUUACUAUCGGCGCACUGCCGAGUAUUUCCCUACCAAACACCGGCACCGGCGUGGCUGCUACCCUGUUCCCAUGGUGCACUCCACCAUGCUGCUGGACCUGCGCAAGGAGGGCACCAAGAAGCUGGCCUUCCACCCUCCUCACCCAGACUAUUCGUGGCCCUUUGACGACAUCAUCGUCUUCGCCUUCUCCUGCCGUGUCUCAGAGGUGCAGAUGUAUCUGUGCAACAAGGUACGCUAUGGCUACAUCAAUGUCCCGGCAAAGCCACACCAAACCAUCGAGGAUGACCGAAUCAACUUUGUGCAUCUGCAGCUGGAGUCCAUGGUUGACGGGCCACCCAUGUACCCCUCGUGGUACAUUCAUCUACCCCCCAAGCAAACAGACCUCAUGGGCUUUGAUGAGGUGUACCUGAUAAAUUUGCGUCGGCGUCCAGACAGGAGAGAGAGGAUGCUGUGGUCACUCUAUGAGCUGGAGAUUGAUGUCAAGGUGGUGGACGCCGUGGAUGGAGGUGCUCUCAACAGCAGUGACAUCAAGCUUUUGGGUGUGGACCUUUUGCCGGGAUACUACGACCCCUUCUCUGGUCGUACCCUGACCAAGGGCGAGGUUGGUUGCUUUCUCAGCCACUACUACAUUUGGAAGGAGAUAGUAGACACGCAGCUGGACAAGGCGCUGAUCUUUGAGGAUGACGUGCGUUUCCAGGGCAACUUCAAGCGGCGGCUGCUACGCCUGAUGGAGGAGGUGGAGAAGGUGGAUCUGGACUGGGACAUAAUAUACCUGGGUCGGAAGCAGGUGAAGCCUGGCGAUGAGGAGCCGGUAGAGAACGUGAGGAACCUGGUGGUGGCGGAUUACUCCUACUGGACACUGUCUUACGCCAUCUCCCAGCAAGGGGCCCAGAAGCUUCUUAACACGGAACCCCUCUCCAAAAUGCUGCCGGUAGACGAGUUCCUGCCUAUAAUGUACGACAAGCACCCCAAUGAGAAGUACAAGGCCCAUUUCCCCAACCGGAAUCUGCAGGCAUACUCAACACGCCCUCUGCUGGUGCAGCCAUGUCACUACGCUGGGGACCCAGAAUGGGUGAGCGACACAGAGACCUCAACGCUCUGGGACGAUGACACGGUGCAAACGGACUGGCGAGGGUCCUACAAGACCUUGAAGGGCGCGCCGCCCCCCGUGGGCUGGCAGAAUGCAUACCAUGAUGAGCUCUAGCCUUGAAAGGGGACCAAUGGAUAGAGGCUGAUGCUGAAGGUGCUCUGGCAUAAGUCAUCAUUGCCAUGCAAGGACCUCUCUUUUGUGGCGUUCCCUCUAUAGACAGGAUCGCUGGGGGUCUGUUGACCUGAGCAGGGAGAGGUGUGUCAGGUCCUCUGUGGCAGGAGUGCCUGACCAAGAAAACUCCCCUGUCCCUUCUUCACAUAAUAUAGGACCUCUUGUCCCUACAGCCCACAAGUUUUGGCUGUCAGUGCACCUGGAACCAAGAGCCCUCCCCAUCCACAAAGAGACCAUGUGCAUGAGGGCACCUCUGCACAGUGGACCACAGUCUUUUCAUGUGUUUAUCCGCUUAUCUGUUUCCAGAUCUGUUUUCCACGCUCCCCAACUGCUUCUGUGCUACCUCUGUUAUAAUCACGUGCCUGUACUAUGUGAUCCCUGUAGCUCCAGUUCUCCUGUGGCAGUUGUGCCAUCUGGUGGCCACCUUUGGAUCACAUUUCUUUUUUUAUCAUAAUGAUUGCUAGGUUCAUUUGUGAGUUGAGCCAUUCAGAACUGCAUGACAUGUAUAGCAGUGGUUUCUCUUGCUAGUGCACUGCGCCAGCUUUGCCCCCUCUGGGGCUCAGCAUCCUGGCAGAGGAAAUGAACCCUUUCCUCCUCAAGCCCCGAAGAGUAGAGCUGGAGGCCUUGGUGAGAAUGUGAGCCAUAGAGCCUGGGAAUAGACAGACCACCUCAGAGCAGGGAAGUGUUGCCUGAAAAGUGGUGAUGACUCCUCACUGUGAUGAAAAUCAAGUGACAUUGUGAGCAUGUCUGUCCACAUCCUGUAUAUGUUCUAAAUAUGAAUGUUAUUGUAAGCUCUGUGCUUGUAAAGCUUGUAGGAAAGAAAGUAUGUGUUGCUAUUAUUAUAAGCAGCAGUAGAAUUCAUUGUAGUUGUAGUAAUUAUGUUCUGUUUCUAAUU